GAUUUUUUGCAAGGUUUACCGAACUUUUAGUUUGACAGAUCAUUUGCGUCCUGCUCUGAUAAGUUCGAAACAAACUAUUGCAAUUCUUAGUUAAGGCUCGUAGGGCCGCUGUUGAUCAACACAACACAACGCAGUCCAUAUGUCAGACCUAUCCACAAAAUCCGGUGAUGUCAGAGAACAGCAUAAUAAAGCCUGAUGUCUCGAAACAAUUACUUUGUUGGAUGUACUGCAGAUAUAUAUCCUGAUCUUAUUUUAGUUUUCUUGUCGGGGCUGGGGUUUUACGUGUAACAUCCUUAUUUUGUAAUAAAUCCGUCUGAUCUUAAGGGUCUAAAGGACGGGAAAUGGCCAGCUUUGUAAUGUGGCACGCUGCAGCGGUUUUAAUGAUCCUGUUUCGAUACUCGGUGAGAGGGCAGAUCAGCUAUUCCAUUCCAGAAGAAAUACCAAAAGGGUCGAUCGUUGGAAAUAUUUCCCAAGGCUUGGGUUUGGAUUUAAAAAGACUGAAGUCAGGGAAGGCGCGCAUAUUUGCUGGAGACAAUAACAAAUUCGUCGGACUGAAUAAAGAGAAGGGCAUACUUCUCACUGAGGAGAAAAUAGACCGCGAGGCUCUUUGUGCUAAAACGACUCCAUGUGCUUUACACCUUCAGCUGAUUUUGGAAGAUCCAAUGGAAUGGUAUGAUGUCACAGUGGAAAUCAUCGACAUAAAUGAUAAUGAUCCGAGUUUUCCUAAAGGUGAGAUUACAUUUGAAAUAAGCGAGUCUGCUGUAGUCGGAGCCAGAUUCAUGUUGGAAAAUGCGAUCGAUCUGGAUGUCGGAUCUAACAGUCAAUUGAGUUAUUUACUGAAACCGACAGAUCAUUUUGUAUUAAGUUUUCAAAGUCAAACGGAUGGCGACAGAAACAUGGAGAUGGUGCUGCAAAAGGCUCUAGACCGUGAAAACAAAGAGCAGUUGACCUUGUUGUUAACGGCAAUAGAUGGAGGUGAGCCUCAGCUGACCAGCACUGUGCGAAUAAACGUAACUGUGCUAGAUAUUAAUGACAAUCCUCCUGUGUUCAAUCAAAGAGUGUACAAAGCCUCUCUUCCUGAAAAUACACCUAAAAACACUGUUAUCACGUCCGUCAGCGCUUCUGAUGCUGAUGAGGGCUCGAAUGCAAUUAUAACUUACUACAUGUCAAGCACUGGAGAUGUAAAUGAUUUAUUCAUGGUUGAUGGACGAAGCGGGAAAAUAAUCUUAAAAGGCUCAGCUGACUUUGAAAAGGCAAGUCGUUAUCAACUUAACAUGCAAGCACGUGACCAAGGAGGACUGUCUGAUUCAUGUAAAGUUAUAAUUGAUCUCACUGAUAUAAACGAUAACAAACCAGCAAUAAGCAUUGUUUCUAUGUCAAACUCAAUAUCAGAGGAGUCUAGACCUAGCACUGUUGUUGCAAUGCUAAAUGUAAAUGAUCUUGACUCUGGGUUGAAUGGCCAGGUUCACUGCUACAUUAAUGAUAAUAUUCCAUUUGCUAUUGCGUCUUCCAGCAGUUUCUUUAGCUUGCAAACAGAGCAGGAACUGGAUAGAGAGAGAGAAGCUCAGUACAAUAUCAGUGUAAUAUGUACUGAUGAGGGAGUGCCAGCGCUCUCCAGCAGUGUCUCUCUCCGUGUGCAAAUAUCAGAUGUGAAUGACAAUGCUCCUAUCUUUGAGAAAAGUAACUAUGAGGCAUGUGUGCUGGAGAAUAACACACCUGGUCUCUCUAUAUUUACAAUUAAAGCCAGUGAUGCUGAUUGGAACCAGAAUGCCCGUGUUUCUUAUAUUCUAGAAGACAGCACUGUUAAUGGAGUCUCUGUCUCAUCGUAUGUGUCAAUUCAUCCUGACAGCGGACUGAUUACAGCUGUGCGCUCUUUCGACUAUGAACAACUCAAAGAUUUCCACUUUCAGGUAAAAGCACAAGAUGGAGGCUCUCCUCCACUCAGCAGUAACGUGACAGUGAAAAUAAUUGUUCAAGAUCAGAAUGACAACGCUCCUCAGGUUCUGUAUCCAGUACAGACCGGUGCUUCUGUGGUGGCUGAGAUUGUGCCUCGUGCUGCAGAUGUUGGAUAUCUGGUCACUAAAGUGGUGGCUGUUGAUGUGGACUCUGGACAGAAUGCCUGGCUCUCCUAUAAACUACAGAAAGCUACAGACAAAGCGCUGUUUGAAGUGGGUUUACAGAAUGGAGAAAUAAGAACUGUGCGACAAGUGACUGAUAAAGAUGCUUUCAAACAAAAACUGACUGUUGUUGUGGAAGAUAACGGACAGCCGUCUCGCUCAGCUGUGGUCUCCAUUAACGUGGCUGUGGCUGACAGCUUUCCUGAAGUGCUGUCAGAGUUCACAGGCUUUACGCAUGAAAAACACUAUGACAAGAAUCUGACCUUUUAUUUAGUUCUCGCACUGGCUGCUGUUUCUUUCUUAUUUAUCACAUGCGUGGUUGUCAUAAUAUCAGUUAAGGUCUACAGAUGGAGGCAAUCUCGCUUCUUAUUACAGUCUAAACUGCCUGUUAUUCCAUACUAUCCACCGCAUUACGCAGACACAGGAGUCACUGGAACUCUGCCGCACAGGUAUAAUUAUGAAGUGUGUAUGACAACUGACUCGAGGAAGAGUGACUGCAUGUUUUCUACACUGGGUGGGAAGAAUGUCUUAAUGGUGGACCCGAGUUUCGCUGAAACUAUGAGUCACACAAUCAAGAAAAAUAGUUCUAUCGACGAUCUCCAGUCAACAGAUCCGGUAAGAAAGUUUUGGAAACAAUUAUUCUUUAUUUACUUUUAAAUGAAUAAGGUAUCGUAGCACCUAUCAUGUUGACUAUUUAACACACAAAUGUAUAAAAACACUUGUAAGGACUCUGAAAUUAUCUGGAAGUCUAAAUGUUAAUAUUAUUCAGCUUUAUAUACAAUAUUAACUAAUACUUGUUAUAUUUAUAACAUACUCAGCAUAGAUGCAUAUACUUGUUUUUUUCCCCUGUGGUGUAUAUUAAAACAACAGCAACUAUAACAAACAAACAAACAAAUAAAUAAAAGAUGCAUUCCUAAACUUUAUACAAUUGGGAUAUUAGCAGAAGUUAAAAUGUGAAAAAAAGCUAUAGUUAAAAUUAAUAUGGAUUUGCAACAAGUUAGUUAAAUAAAUAAAUGAAUAAAUAAACAACCAA